AUGAGACGAAGGGAUUUAGAAUUUGAAGCAAGAGACCACGUGUUUCUAAGAAUCUCACCAAUAAAAGGAUUCUUACGCUUUGACAGGAAAGGGAAACUCGCCCCGCAAUAUAUUAGGCCUUUCCAAAUCCUUGAUCGCAUAGGGCUGGUCGCAUAUCGUUUGGCCUUACCCACUCCACUUGCCGGAGUGCAUAAUGUGUUUCAUGUCUCCAUGCUUAAAAAGUAUGUCCCCGACUUUACUCACGUCAUCAAGUGGGAGCACGUGGAGCUCAAGGACAACACCACGUAUAUCCUUAGACCUACUAAGAUUUUAAACAAGAAGGAGCAAGUGUUGCGGAACAAGGUGAUCCCACUAGUCAAGGUGUUGUGGACGCAUCACAGGGAAGAAGAAGCCACCUACGAGACGGAAGCCAAAAUCCACAAGAACUACCCAAAUCUACUAAAGCAAUACAAAUAG